GCCUAUUAACCAUUGGCUGGUUAACCAGAGUAUCUGGUUAGAAAAAAGACUCGAACAUUUAGAAAAAUCUAAACCGAGUUAAGUUAAGGACUACUUUUGUAUGAACCUAAUUUUGAAACUCUAAAAUGUUGCAUCGCAUUUUUAGAAUCUCACCAGCUUUUCGUCUUGCUGUUCGUCAUAGUUCAUCUGACAAAGCUGCUCUAGCUUUGAAGGCUUAUAAUGAUGCUAUGGCUUCUGAAAUAGCACACGCAGAAGCAACUGCUAAGUUAUGGAAGCGCCUAACACUAUUUGGAGCUCUUCCGUUGAUUGCUCUUGUUGGUUAUCAUGUUAUGACCACUGAAGCAGAACAUGAAGCCCAUUUUCAUAGACCAGAAUUUAUACCAUAUUCACAUCUGAGAAUCAGAAACAAGCCUUUUCCUUGGGGAGAUGGAAAUCAUUCGAUCUUCCAUAAUCAUAACAACGCUCUCCCUACUGGUUACGAAGAUUAAAGUUAUUGUUAAAAAUGAUUGUAAAUUUCAGUUAUAAACACGUCAGUGACAAUUAUUAUCUUAACAUGCUAAAUAUUGUUUUGAUAUAAAUAGAUUUCAAUUAUUGUUA